AUGAAUCACAUGGAGCAGAGAGACUCGGAACAAGCUGGAAUUAAAAGGCAUAAAUGCAUCCAGUGUCCAUACAGCACGGAUCAGAUGAGCAACUUGAAGAACCAUCACAGAACUCACACUGGAGAGAAGCCCUUCAAGUGCACCGAGUGUGGGAAGGCAUUUGCACAAUCACCAUACCUUAAAAUACACCAGAGAACACACACAGGUGAGAAGCCCUUCAAGUGCAUUGUGUGUGGGAAGACAUUUACAUGGUUAUCGAAUCUUGACAGCCAUCAGAAAACUCACACUGGUGAAAAGCCGUUCAAGUGUGCGAUGUGUGGGAAGACAUUUACACGGUCAUCUCAUCUUGACAGCCAUCAGAAAACACACACUGGUGAGAAGCCCUUCAAAUGCACUGUGUGUGGGAAGACAUUUACACAGUCAUCACAUCUUGACAGCCAUCAGAAAACACACACUGGUGAGAAGCCCUUCAAGUGUACUGUAUGUGGGAAGGCAUUUACACGGUCAUCACAUCUUGACAGCCAUCAAAAAACCCACACUGGGGAAAAACCCUUCAAAUGCACUGUGUGUGAGAAGGAAUUUAAAGAUUCCGGAUCUCUUCGUAUUCAUCAUAGAAUACAUACAGGUGAGAAACCCUUCAAGUGCACUGUGUGUGGAAAGGCAUUUUCAUGGUUAUCGAAUCUUAACAGCCAUCAGACAACACAUACUGGUGAGAAGCCCUUCAAAUGUACUGUUUGUGAGAAGUCAUUUACACGGUCAGGAACUCUUCAGGAUCAUCAGAGAACACACACAGGCGAGAAGCCCUUUGUGUGCACUGUGUGUGAGAAGGCAUUUAAAGAUUCCGGAUCUCUUCGUAUUCACCAUAGAAUACAUACAGGUGAGAAACCCUUCAAGUGCACUGUGUGUGGAAAGACAUUUUCAUGGUUAUCGAAUCUUGACAGACAUCAGAAAACACAUAUUGGUAAAAAAAACUUCAAAUGCACCGUGUCUGAAAAGGCUUUUAAAGAUUCAGGAUCUCUUCGUGUUCAUGACAGAAUACACUCAGGCAAGACGCCCGUCAAGCACACCGUGUAUGGAAAGGAAUCUGUACGGUCAGAAGGCCGAAAGAGGCGUGAGAAGAUCCACAAGGGGAUGGAGGUGGAAUUGAGAAGUGAAAGUCAAAUUGCUUCAUUGAGCCCAUCUCUCAUGGAACAAGAACCAGAAGCUAACCCCACUUUUGAAACAUGGCCAGGAGUGAAGGUGGAAUGUGAAGAAAUGAAGGUGAAAUGUGAAGAUGAAGAUUCGACUCCAGGAACCGACCUCCAGGUUGAUGGAGGCAACGUGAAGCAGGAGGGGCAUUUGGACUCUGAGGGAGAGCGAGGCAUCCUCGAGGAGUUUGAGGAGGAAUUGUGA